UUGGAUUUUACAGCUUCUGGAUUUUCACCCCCAUCUUAAUCAUGAAGACCGUUAUUAUUGAUGGGGGGAGACUUCUGUUCCUGGUGAUGUGGCUGCACCUUGUGCCUCAAACUGACAGCUGCCCUGCCAAGUGUGUAUGCUACAGUGAGCCCAAGCCCACAGUGGCAUGCCAGCAACAAGGACUGUUUUCCAUCCCCACUGAGAUCCCUGUGCGGAGCCAGCGGAUAUUCCUCCAGACCAACAAGCUAACGGUGGUGCGAUCCACCAGCUUCAGCUCUUGCCACAAUCUCACUGUCCUCUGGAUGUACUCCAACAACAUCAGCUACAUUGAGGCUGGGGCCUUCUUUGGCCUGGAAAAACUGGAGGAACUGGACAUAGGAGACAACAGCAACCUACGCACGAUCAGCCCUACGGCCUUUCGGGGCUUAACUAAGCUGCACACCCUCCACCUGCACAGGUGUGGCCUGUCAGAACUCCCUAUUGGGGUUUUCCGAGGAAUGUUUUCCCUACAGUACCUUUACCUGCAGGAUAAUAACAUUCUUACCCUGCAUGAUGACACUUUUCUGGACCUUGCCAACCUCACUUAUCUCUACCUGCACAAUAACAAGAUCAAGAUAGUAACGGACAACAUGUUACGAGGCUUACUCAAUCUGGAUAGGCUACUGCUACAUGCGAAUCGGGUUAUCUUUGUACAACCCAGGGCUUUUACUGAUCUUGGAAAGCUGAAAUCCCUGUUUUUGUUUUUUAACAAUCUUACCAUCCUGUCAGGGGAGACCAUGGACCCGCUGGUGUCCCUCCAGUAUUUGCGUUUAAAUGGUAACCAGUGGAUCUGCGACUGCCGGGCGAGGACCUUGUGGGAGUGGUUCAAGCGUUUCAAAGGUUCCAGCUCUGAGUUGGAGUGCAACGUUCCCGAUUUCCUGGCAGGAAAAGACUUGGCACGUCUGAAAAGUGAGGACUUGGAGGGGUGUGUGGAAAUGCCUCAAAUCCAGACCAGUCUCUUCAGCUCCAAGGCACAGUCUGGGAAAUUUCCCUCCACUGAAAAUCCUCUGGGAGAAACCAUUCCCAGGUGUUGUCUCGGAGAUAAUGACAAGUCCUCUAUCCUGUCUGGCAAGAGCCGCCAAAUCACUAACAACCCCCUGAAGGAAAAGGAGAACAUGUCCAAGACUAAAUAUAAAGAGCCAGAACGAACAAAAAAUGAGACCCAGAACAAGCAGAAUGAUGGUCCGCUGGGAACCUUGUCCAACACCCUGGACGAGUCCUUGGAAAAUCUCAACCCAGAGCUCAUAGACAAUACGGAAUCAUCUACAGCGUCAAACAAAAAGAAAAAGAAGUGUUCCAAAAAGCCAAAGUCAGACACCCUCUGCAUCAAGGGCCGGGGCGCCACUCUACAAGUUCUUCACUUUCUCUUCAUUCCCGCGAUCUGGAUAUCUCUAGCCAUGUCUUAGGACUCCCGGUCUCACUCUGAAUACAGGACUCAAGAUUGUUGAUGCUCAUGACAAUGAUACGAAAGAUGCAGUGACAUCUACAACAGGCAGUGACUGAAAAGCAAGGAGUCUUGAUGGCCCGUCGCGGAUGAGGACAAACGAAUAACAAAGACGCUAGAGUACAUUUAACAAAAUGGAUGCCUUUACAGAACUCUACAGAUCCAAUGUAUAUAAUGAAUUGGUGCCCAAAAUUGUUUGUUCUCUAUGUACUUUACUGUUCUGUGUCUAAGCUACACUUUUUCGGAGACUCCUCCCUUUCUCCCUCCCAAAAGCUUUUGCUGCUUAGACAGAACACCGGACGACUAAAAGAGGAAACAAAAGAAAAAGACGAAAACAAAAAAAAUACAAGUAUAGGAAA